AUGGACUCUCCUAUUGUUGGCAUGACCCUGAACAACACCCUGUCGUUCUCUGCAGACAUCAAAGCAGUGACCCGCUCCUGUAGGUUCAUGCUCUACAACAUCCAUCGAUUCAUCCUGCUGGAGGUGCCCAGGCUGCGGCACAUCAUUGUGGUGGAUGACACGCCCACCGAGUGGCCUGGUUACCCACGAGGCAUCAGUGUCCACAACAUGGCCACUGUUCAGGGGCUGCAGACCAAGCCUGAGAAUGUGUGUCAGGGGCAUAAACAGCCCAUGCCCUCUGACAUCGCUGUCAUCAUGUACACCAGCGGCUCCACUGGCAUACCCAAGGGAGUCAUGAUCUCCCAUAGCAACAUCAUUGCUGGCAUCACUGGCAUGGCAGAAAGGAUACCCAACCUGGGUGAGAAUGACACCUACAUCGGGUACCUCCCCCUGGCCCAUGUGUUGGAGCUGAGUGCAGAGCUGGUGUGUGUGGCUCACGGCUGCAGGAUCGGCUACUCCUCCCCCCAGACACUAGCGGACCAGUCGACAAAGAUUAAAAAAGGCAGCAAAGGAGACACCAGUGUUCUGCAGCCGACUCUAAUGGCAGCUGUGCCGGAGAUAAUGGAUCGUAUCUAUAAGAAUGUGAUGACCAAGGUGGAGGAGAUGAGCAGUGCUCAGAGGACUCUAUUCACUCUGGCCUACAACUACAAGCUGGAGCAGCUCUCCCAGGGACGCAGCACGCCACUGUGUGACAACCUAGUGUUUAAGAAGGUUCGGUCCCUACUGGGGGGGAAGACCAGGGUGCUGCUGUCGGGCGGGGCGCCCCUCUCUGCCGCCACCCAGCGCUUCAUUAAUGUCUGCUUCUGUUGCCCCGUGGGCCAGGGCUAUGGCCUCACCGAGACCUGCGGAGCUGGAACCAUCAGCGAGAUGUGGGACUACAGUACAGGGCGAGUUGGAGGACCACUCAUUUGUUCUGAAAUCAAGCUCAAGGAUUGGGUGGAGGGUGGCUACCACAUCACAGACACGCCCACCCCACGAGGUGAGAUUCUGAUUGGCGGGCCCAAUGUUACCAUGGGUUACUACAAGAACGAGGCCAAGAACCAGGACUUCUUUGUGGAUGAAAACGGGCAGCGCUGGUUCUGUACGGGAGACAUAGGAGAGGUCCAUCCUGAUGGAUGCCUCAAGAUCAUUGAUCGUAAGAAGGACCUGGUUAAGCUCCAGGCAGGAGAGUAUGUGUCUCUGGGGAAGGUGGAGGCCAUGCUGAAGAACUGCCCCCUUAUAGACAACAUCUGUGCCUACGCCAACAGCGAUGAGAUGUACGUGAUUGGCUUUGUGGUGCCCAAUCAGAAGCAUCUGCUUUUGCUGGCGGAGCAGUAUCUUAUCCGGGGCUCAUGGGAGGAGCUGUGUGACAACGCUGCCAUGGAGGAGGUGGUCCUGCAGGUCAUCACCGAGGCCGCCCUAUCAGCCCAGCUGGAGCGGUUUGAGAUCCCCCGUAAGAUCCGUCUGAGCCCCGACCCCUGGACCCCCGAGACGGGCCUGGUGACCGAAGCCUUCAAGCUCAAACGCCAGCAGCUGAAGAGCAAGUACCAGGACGACAUCGAGAGAAUGUACGGCGGGAAGUAGGACCAAACCAGACCAGAACUUCUCCAAGCACAGAGCCAGCAUCUGCCUCAAGCCACCCAGCUCCUUGCUCAAUCCUCUUUUCCCCACCCGACCCCCGAACCCCGACCCCCAUCCUGGACGGGCCACCAGAAGCACUCAAAUUACUUGAAUCUACUUUGUUCUCCUGAGACCAAAAAAGAUAGACAGAUUGAGAGAGAUAGAGAGAGAGACAGAUUGAGAGAGAUAGAGAGAGAGACAGAUUGAGAGAGAUAGAGAGAGAGAGACAGAUUGAGAUAGAGAGAGAGACAGAUUGAGAGAGAUAGAGAGAGAGACAGAUUGAGAGAGAUAGAGGGAGAGAUAGAGAGAGAGACAGAUUGAGAGAGAGAUAGAGAGAGAGACAGAUUGAGAGAGAUAGAGAGAGAGACAGAUUGAGAGAGAUAGAGAGAGAGACAGAUUGAGAGAGAUAGAGAGAGAGACAGAUUGAGAGAGAUAGAGAGAGAGAGAGACAGAUUGAGAUAGAGAGAGAGACAGAUUGAGAGAGAUAGAGAGAGAGACAGAUUGAGAGAGAUAGAGGAGAGAUAGAGAGAGACAGAUUGAGAGAGAGAUAGAGAGAGAGACAUAUUGAGAGAGAUAGAGAGAGAGACAGAUUGAGAGAGAUAGAGAGAGAGACAGAUUGAGAGAGAUAGAGAGAGAGACAGAUUGAGAGAGAUAGAGAGAGAGACAGAUAGAGAGAGAUAGAGGGAGAGAUAGAGAGAGAGACAGAUUGAGAGAGAUAGAGAGAGAGACAGAUUGAGAGAGAUAGAGAGAGAGACAGAUUGAGAGAGAUAGAGAGAGAGACAGAUAGAGAGAGAUAGAGGGAGAGAUAGAGAGAGAGACAGAUUGAGAGAGAUAGAGAGAGAGACAGAUUGAGAGAGAUAGAGAGAGAGACAGAUAGAGAGAGAUAGAGGGAGAGAUAGAGAGAGAGACAGAUUGAGAGAGAUAGAGAGAGAGACAGAUUGAGAGAGAGAUAGAGAGAGAGACAGAUUGAGAGAGAUAGAGAGAGAGACAGAUAGAGAGAGAUAGAGGGAGAGAUAGAGAGAGAGACAGAUAGAGAGAGAUAGAGGGAGAGAUAGAGAGAGAGACAGAUUGAGAGAGAUAGAGAGAGAGACAGAUUGAGAGAGAUAGAGAGAGAGACAGAUAGAGAGAGAUAGAGAGAGAGACAGAUUGAGAGAGAUAGAGAGAGAGACAGAUAGAGAGAGAUAGAGGGAGAGAUAGAGAGAGAGACAGAUUGAGAGAGAUAGAGGGAGAGAUAGAGAGAGAGACAGAUUGAGAGAGAGAUAGAGAGAGAGACAGAUUGAGAGAGAUAGAGAGAGAGACAGAUUGAGAGAGAUAGAGAGAGAGACAGAUUGAGAGAGAUAGAGAGAGAGACAGAUUGAGAGAGAUAGAGAGAGAGACAGAUAGAGAGAGAUAGAGGGAGAGAUAGAGAGAGAGACAGAUUGAGAGAGAUAGAGAGAGAGACAGAUAGAGAGAGAUAGAGGGAGAGAUAGAGAGAGAGACAGAUUGAGAGAGAGACAGAUUGAGAGAGAUAGAGAGAGAGACAGAUUGAGAGAGAUAGAGAGAGAGACAGAUUGAGAGAGAUAGAGAGAGAGACAGAUUGAGAGAGAUAGAUGGAGAGAUAGAGAGAGAGACAGAUUGAGAGAGAUAGAGAGAGAGACAGAUUGAGAGAGAUAGAGAGAGAGACAGACUGAGAGAGAUAGAGAGAGAGACAGAUUGAGAGAGAUAGAGGGAGAGAUAGAGAGAGAGACAGAUUGAGAGAGAUAGAGAGAGAGACAGAUUGAGAGAGAUAGAGGGAGAGAUAGAGAGAGAGACAGAUUGAGAGAGAGACAGAUUGAGAGAGAUAGAGAGAGAGACAGAUUGAGAGAGAUAGAGAGAGAGACAGAUAGAGAGAGAUAGAGGGAGAGAUAGAGAGAGAGACAGAUUGAGAGAGAUAGAGAGAGAGACAGAUAGGGAGAGAUAGAGAGAGAGACAGAUUGAGAGAGAUAGAGAGAGAGACAGAUUGAGAGAGAUAGAGGGAGAGAUAGCGAGAGAGACAGAUUGAGAGAGAGAGAGAGAGAGACAGAUUGAGAGAGAUAGAGAGAGAGACAGAGAGAGAGACAGAUAGAGAGAGAUAGAGGGAGAGAUAGAGAGAGAGACAGAUUGAGAGAGAUAGAGGGAGAGAUAGAGAGAGAGACAGAUUGAGAGAGAUAGAGAGAGAGACAGAUUGAGAGAGAUAGAGAGAGAGACAGAUUGAGAGAGAUAGAGAGAGAGACAGAUAGAGAGAGAUAGAGGGAGAGAUAGCGAGAGAGACAGAUUGAGAGAGAGAGACAGAUUGAGAGAGAUAGAGAGAGAGACAGAUUGAGAGAGAUAGAGAGAGAGACAGAUAGAGAGAGAUAGAGGGAGAGAUAGAGAGAGAGACAGAUUGAGAGAGAUAGAGAGAGAGACAGAUUGAGAGAGAUAGAGAGAGACAGAUUGAGAGAGAUAGAGAGAGAGACAGAUUGAGAGAGAUAGAGAGAGAGACAGAUUGAGAGAGAUAGAGAGAGAGACAGAUAGAGAGAGAUAGAGGGAGAGACAGAUUGAGAGAGAUAGAGAGAGAGACAGAUAGAGAGAGAUAGAGGGAGAGAUAGAGAGAGAGACAGAUUGAGAGAGAGAGACAGAUUGAGAGAGAUAGAGAGAGAGACAGAUUGAGAGAGAUAGAGAGAGAGACAGAUUGAGAGAGAUAGAGGGAGAGAUAGAGAGAGAGACAGAUUGAGAGAGAUAGAGAGAGAGACAGAUUGAGAGAGAUAGAGGGAGAUAUAGAGAGAGACAGAUUGAGAGAGAGACAGAUUGAGAGAGAUAGAGAGAGAGACAGAUUGAGAGAGAUAGAGAGACAGAUAGAGAGAUAGAGGGAGAGAUAGAGAGAGAGACAGAUUGAGAGAGAUAGAGAGAGAGACAGAUAGAGAGAGAUAGAGGGAGAGAUAGAGAGAGAGACAGAUUGAGAGAGAUAGAGAGAGAGACAGAUUGAGAGAGAUAGAGAGAGAGACAGAUUGAGAGAGAUAGAGAGAGAGACAGAUUGAGAGAGAUAGAGAGAGAGACAGAUAGAGAGAGAUAGAGGGAGAGAUAGCGAGAGAGACAGAUUGAGAGAGAGAGAGAGACAGAUUGAGAGAGAUAGAGAGAGAGACAGAUUGAGAGAGAGAGAGAGAGACAGAUAGAGAGAGAUAGAGGGAGAGAUAGAGAGAGAGACAGAUUGAGAGAGAUAGAGAGAGAGACAGAUAGAGAGAGAUAGAGGGAGAGAGAGAGAGAGACAGAUUGAGAGAGAUAGAGAGAGAGACAGAUUGAGAGAGAGACAGAUUGAGAGAGAUAGAGAGAGAGACAGAUUGAGAGAGAUAGAGAGAGAGACAGAUAGAGAGAGAUAGAGGGAGAGAUAGCGAGAGAGACAGAUUGAGAGAGAGAGAGAGACAGAUUGAGAGAGAUAGAGAGAGAGACAGAUUGAGAGAGAUAGAGAGAGAGACAGAUAGAGAGAGAUAGAGGGAGAGAUAGAGAGAGAGACAGAUUGAGAGAGAUAGAGAGAGAGACAGAUUGAGAGAGAUAGAGAGAGACAGAUUGAGAGAGAUAGAGAUAGAGAGAGAGACAGAUUGAGAGAGAUAGAGAGAGACACAGAUAGAGACAGAUAGAGAGAGAUAGAGGGAGAGACAGAUAGAGAGAGAUAGAGGGAGAGAUAGAGAGAGAGACAGAUUGAGAGAGAUAGAGGGAGAGAUAGAGAGAGAGACAGAUAGAGAGAGAUAGAGGGAGAGAUAGAGAGGGAGAGAUAGAGAGAGAGACAGAUUGAGAGAGAUAGAGGGAGAGAUAGCGAGAGAGACAGAUUGAGAGAGAGAUAGAGAGAGAGACAGAUAGAGAGAGAUAGAGAGAGAGACAGAUAGAGAGAGAUAGAGGGAAAGAUAGAGAGAGAGACAGAUUGAGAGAGAUAGAGAGAGAGACAGAUAGAGAGAGAUAGAGGGAGAGAUAGAGAGAGAGACAGAUUGAGAGAGAUAGAGAGAGAGACAGAUUGAGAGAUAGAGAGAGAGAUAGAGAGAGAUAGAGGGAGAGAUAGAGAGAGAGACAGAUUGAGAGAGAUAGAGGGAGAGAAAUAUAAAUAUCAAAGAGAGGAGGCUGUGUUGUUGCAAUAUUUCCCCUCCACUGUUCCUUUAUUCGAUAAAAUGGCUUUGCUUAAAAAUGUGAAUCAAUAGACAAUAGCCUAGCCCUGAAGACUGUUGGAGAGAAAGAUUAGCUAGGGGAGAGUAAGUAAGGAGUGUUGUUGGAACACCCUCAAACAGUAUCUCCAUGUUCAUUCCACUUCUUACCCUCUUUGGAGAUGAUUUUCCUCAAGAUGUGAGUUAUGAGACAGGACAGGUAGGUCAUGCUGCCUGUUGAGCUCAUGUCUGUCUGAGUGUUGUCGACUGCUAUUGAAGCACAAACUCAGGUUGGUUGGAAAACUUUCCGUUUUAACCCCAAUGCCCUUCUGUCUGAGGGCGUCAGGAAUGCUAAGCCUUGAGAGCCUGUAGAGAGCAAGUACCAUUAACAUUUAGGUUAAUAGCUGCUAUUUGAUUAUUUGUUUUUCUCCUUUAAUUCCGUGAUUCUGUUCACAUUAGUAUAGAGUCCUCAUUGGCUAAUUCUCUGUCCAAGUUCAAAAUCCAUUGCUCCAAAUCCAUUUUUCUCACUGCGUAUUCUAUUGUUUAUUUCAGAACCUAGUUCUGCCCAGAGACUAGUCUUACUUUCUGCAGGACAGGAAGAAACUAGCUGUCGGUGUUUAUUUUUGUUGUGUUUGGUUGAUGCUGUUUUUUUUGCUUAGUGAGGCUUUAGUACUAUGAUUUAUAUUUGAUGCCCAUCUGCCCAUCCAAUCCUACAAGCAUGAAGUCAACAGGAGGUUCAGAGAGACUAAGAUAAGAUGACUUUAUUAUCCCAAUGGGGAAAUUUUGGUUGCGGCUAGGGCAGUGAAAUUAUGAGUCUCUUCCACCAGAAGAAAAACAGAAUAUUUUGACGUGAAUAUACAGUACCACUCAAAAGUUUGGACACACCUACUCAUUCAAGGGUUUUUCUUUAUUUGUACUAUUUUAUACAUUGUAGAACAAUAGUGAAGACAUCAAAACUAUGCAAUAACACAUAUGGAAUCAUGUACAUAAAUCACUGACAAUGUCACCAGCAAAGCACCCCCACACCUCCUCCUCCAUGCUUCACGGUGGGAACCACACAUGCAGAGAUAAUCCGUUCACCUGCUCUGCGUCUAACAAAGACACGGCGGUUGAAACCAAAUAUCUCAAGUUUGGACUCAUCAGACCAAAGGACAGAUUUACACAGGUCUAAUGUCCACUUCUCAUGUUUCUUGGUCCAAGCAAGUCUCUUCUUCUUACUGGUGUCCUUUAGUAGUGGUUUCUUUGCAGCAACUCAACCAUGAAGGCCUGAUUCACACAGUCUCCUCUGAACAGUUGAUGUUGAGAUGUGUCUUUUACUUGAAAUCUGUGAAGCAUUUAUUUGGGCUGCAUUCUGAGGCUGGUAACUCUAAUGAACUUAUCCUCUGCAGCAGAGGUAACUCUGGGCCUUCUUUUCUUGUGGCGGUCCUCAUGAAUGCCAGUUUCAUCAGAGCGCUUGAUGGUUUUUGCGACUACACUUGAAGAAAGUUCUUUACAUUUUCCAGAUUGACUGACCUGCAUGUCUUAAAGCAGUGAUGGACUGUCAUUUGUCUUUACUCAUUUGAGCUGUUCUUGCCAUAAUAUGGACUUUUUCUUUCACCAAAUAGGGCUAUCUUCUCUAUACCAACCCUACCUUGUUACAACACAAUUGAUCGGCUCAAAUACAUUAAGAAGGAAAGAAAUUCCACAAAUGAACUUUUAACAAGGCACACCUGUUAACUGAAAUGCAUUCCAGGUGACUACCUCAUGAAGCUGAUUGAGAGAAUGCCAAGAGUGUGCAAAGCUGUCAACAAGGCAAAGGGUGGCUACUUUGAAGAAUCACAAAUUUAAAAUAUAUUUUCAUUUGUUUAAUAGUUUUUUGGUUACUACAUGAUUCCAUGUGUGUUAUGUCAUAGUUGUGAUGUCUUCACUAUUAUUCUACAAUGUAGAAAAUAGUAAAAUAAAGAAAAACUCUUGAAUGAGUAGGUGUAUCCAAACUUUUGACUGGUACUCUAUAAUUUCAGAACUCUUCACUUGCCAUUUCUAUCAUUAAUAUUAUUAUUAUUUAUGAUAAUGCCAAUUAAUAAUACUCUUGUCAUAAAAUCAUAAUGUUUGUAAGAAAGAUGUAGAUUGGUGAAUACCAAUUUCUUUCAGUGGUAGAAAACAUAUUUGUACUCUGUUAUAGGUGUGCACUUACAUUAACCACACAUUCACUUGCUAAGAGCUGUAGUUCUAGAACCACUGGCAUGCUUGAAGUACCCACUGUCAUGCUUGAAGUACACAGUAUGCCAUAUGAUAAUAUAACAUUUGGACCAAACUAAGGUGGGAUUACUUGACCUAUGGCAAGAAGAGAUGCACACAAAACACUUCCGUACAACAGUUAAGAAUUUAGAGAAUUUAGUUAAGAGGACAGCUUCAGCAUUUAUUUGUGUGUUUGUGUGUGUGCAUGCUGUGUUCUCGCACUUGAAAAGGCCAUUCCUUGUAUGUUGUUGUAUGUGAUACAUCACAGCAAAAGGUAGUCUAAAGCUUUCCUAAAUGGUACAAACAUUGCUCUGUAGAACACCAUUCCACACAUGACACCUGUUGCCUUUUCUUGUGAUUUCAGGUGGAUAACUACGCAUAGAAAACAUUGGAAUAACAAUGCUGUACACAGUAAUGAAAGAUAUCGUUUCUUGACAGUAUGUGUUACUUUCACCCAGAAUAACAUGCCUUUCUGAUGUUUUCCUUUAUACUGUACAUACUUUAUAUGAGGGGAGAAGGAAUUAUGUAUAGCCUAUUUUAAAUCUAUUGAAGCUUUAUAAUAUAGACCCGUUUUGGAACUCCUCCCUACUUGUCUGGGGAAUCUGCCUUGUAACAUAAGUGCAUCAAUUGUAUUUAUUUGUAAUUUGCCUUGAAAAUUAUUAAAUGAAGAAGUAAAUAAAGAUUGUGUUUGGUCUAUCA